AAUCCCACGGUCGGUCUAAAUUCCAAUUCAGCGUGGCGUUGCCAACCGGACUUUUGCCUUUCUCUCCGCAGAGUCUUCAGCUGCUGUGCUCAUUUGGCCUUAUCUCUCUCUUCCCUCAUUCUUCCCACGAAGUCAUCACUAAUUUUCCUCAUCAGUUUGAUUACUUAGUAAGCAAUAAGCAUGAUGAUGAUGUUGGAAGGUCAAAGAUGCACUGCAUCGGAAGCGAAUCUUCCUCCCCCCCUCUCUCUUUCCUUCCUUGUUUUCUCCCUGAAUUCUGUUUAUCUCCUCCACUCCACUCGCUCAUCACCCCCCCCUCCCCCUCCCUCUUUCUUUAUAUCAAACCCCAUCCCCUCUCCUUUGCAUACACACAUACACACUUAUAUUAGCCACACACACAGAGAGAGACAGAGAGACAGACAGAGAUCUGCAGUGACACCAAAAAUUGAUAAUGGUGCCGCCUGCUCCUCCACCGAACCCUGUGCCGGUCGCCUACCGGGCCACAUUGCCCGCGGUGCCCGACUGGCUGAACAAGGGCGACAACGCAUGGCAGAUGGUGUCGGCCACGCUCGUCGGCCUCCAGAGCGUGCCGGGCCUCGUCAUCCUCUACGGCAGCAUCGUCAAGAGGAAGUGGGCGGUCAACUCCGCCUUCAUGGCCCUCUACGCCUUCGCCGCCGUCAUCAUCUGCUGGGUCACCUGGGCCUACAAUAUGUCCUUCGGCGACAAGCUCCUCCCCUUCUGGGGCAAGGCCGGCCCCGCCCUCGGCCAGAAGUUCCUGAUCAAGCAGGCCAUCUUACCCGAGACGACGCAAUUCUACAAGAACCACACCACGGUCGAGACGCCCACCACGAAACCCUUGUACCCGAUGGCGUCGAUGGUGUGGUUCCAAGGCGUGUUCGCCGCCAUCACGCUGAUCCUCCUGGCGGGGUCGGUGCUGGGGAGGAUGAACUUUAGGGCGUGGAUGAUGUUCGUGCCGCUCUGGCUGACGUGCUCUUACACGGUGGGCGCUUUCAGCGUGUGGGGUGGCGGCUUCUUGUUCCACUGGGGCGUCAUGGACUACUCCGGUGGCUACGUCAUCCACCUCUCCUCCGGCAUCGCCGGCUUGACCACCGCUUUCUGGGUGGGACCGAGAUUGACGGAGGAUAGGGAGGGAGACCCCCCGAACAACGUCCUGCUCAUGUUGGCCGGGGCGGGGCUGCUGUGGAUGGGUUGGGCGGGGUUCAACGGGGGAGACCCUUACACGGCUAACAUAGACUCGUCAAUGGCCGUGCUCAACACCAACAUAUGCGCGGCCACGAGCCUCCUAGUGUGGACGUGGCUCGACGUCUUCUUCUUUGGGAAGCCCUCCGUCAUCGGAGCCGUCCAGGGCAUGAUCACCGGCCUCGUCUGCAUCACCCCCGCCGCAGGUCUCGUCCAAGGAUGGGCGGCCAUCGUCAUGGGGAUCCUGUCCGGAAGCAUCCCGUGGUUCACCAUGAUGAUCGUGCACAGGAGGUGGAGGUGGACUCCGCUCCAGAUGAUCGACGAUACCCUCGGCGUCUUCCACACCCAUGCCGUGGCCGGCUACCUCGGCGGCAUCCUCACGGGCGUCUUCGCUGAGCCGGAGCUCUGUGCCCUCUUCCUCCCCGUCACCAACUCGAGGGGGGGCGUUUACGGGGGCUCCGGCGGGGUCCAGAUCCUGAAGCAGUUGGCGGGAGGGGCCUUCAUCAUAGGGUGGAACGUGGUGGUCACCUCGGUCGUGUGCGUGGUGAUAGGACUGGUGGUGCCACUGAGGAUGCCGGAGGAGCAGCUGCUGAUCGGAGACGACGCGGUGCACGGGGAAGAGGCCUACGCAUUGUAGGGGGACGGGGAGAUGUACGACUCGACCCAGCACGGGUUUUCAUUUCGGACGAUACCGCGCACCCCCAGCCAUCUGGUGGCGCGACGCAAGUGGUGUAACGUAAUGUGUGUUGCCAGACACUCGGGUCCAAAGAAUUUGCGAGCGAUUAUUUUUAGUAUAGAUGGAUAAAUGGAUACUGAAUUCGGGGUACAAAUGUUGAUGAAUUUCUUGGGUUUUAUUUUGUGGUUUGGACAUGGUUUUGUCUUUGUAUGCGCGUUCCUUGUUGUAGACAGGAUAUUAUUGUCCUUCUGGUGUAAGAGAAUCAAUCUCAACCGUUGAGUUGAGUGAAUCGACAGCAAAAAGGAUUUGGUAAUCGGACGGUCUUGAUCUUCUUGAGGCC